ACACCAAGUGACCUGAGAUAGCGGAUUUGAACGCACAGCGGUACAUGGGCUAUCACAAGACCUCAAUGCCUUCAUGUAUUCGUACCAUUACCUGGAGGAGACGGAAAUGCCUAUUUUCCCUGAGGGUCCGCGGGUGUAGUAUUGUAUAACUGCUAAUUACUUAGAAAUAUUUAUCGCUGACAUUGGUAACCAAGACUGCUAGUGCUUACUCAUAAGUCAUGGUUUAAGAUAUCUUCUGGACUAGCUACUAGCUAGCUAAUUGAGGUGGUAAAAUCGCGGAGACACGAACAUUUUCACUUUGGACGUAACAUUAGUUGUCACACAAUGGCAAGUACUUUGAAAACGCAGUUCUUACAACUUUGGCACUAUCUGCAAGACCCGCAUCAUGUUGCGCUAUUCCAACAAAUGUGUGGCGUAAGAGGGACAUUCUCAAGAAAUCCAGCAGACUGUAACGAAGCGAAGCAGACGAGCCUACAGAGCAACGGCGCGUACGGUAACGGGGUCCGUUUGAACGGAGGAGGAGAGGGGGAGACAGCCGAUCAUCUGCGGCAGAGAAAAAGUAUCUCCACUGAUCUCAACUGUUGUAAGGCAUCGGGGUCUGACAGUGAUGAUCGGCUAUUAGAGACAGACGUGUCUAAAACUACGGAGGAGAAAUCAGGGAGUCUCAACCGCUAUAAUAAUUCCCAUCCCACUAAAGUCAGCGAUGGCGAACAUCCAAAUGAGGUCGGGGGAGUGUCGGAAAGUAACGGUGCUGGCCGUGAUGACAUGUCGGAGGUCACAGAUGACUCAAGCUGCCCCACUAGCACCGUUAAACCUCUGCGCAAGAACUCUCUGACUGGAGACGCGGGCCAGGAGUUCCUCAUCGAGAACAAGUUUUUAUUUUACCUGUUCACUUUCGGAACUGAGCUUGGCAAUGAGCUCUUCUACAUCACUUUCUUUCCCUUCGUCAUCUGGAACGUGGACCCCUACGUGAGCCGGCGGCUCAUCGUGGUCUGGGUCUGGGUGAUGUACGUGGGCCAGUGCACUAAGGACCUGAUCCGGUGGCCGCGGCCCGCGUCGCCGCCCGUGGUCAAGGUGGAAAUGUUCUACAACUCCGAGUACAGUAUGCCUUCCACGCACGCCAUGUCCGGUACCGCGAUCCCCCUCUCCCUAUUCCUGCUCACCUACGGACGCUGGGAGUAUCCGUUCCUGGUGGGCUUCACGUUGGCACUGAGCUGGUGUGUGUUGGUGUGUUUGAGUCGGAUCUACAUGGGUAUGCACUCCAUCCUGGACAUCAUCAUGGGCAUCCUGUACAGCCUGCUGAUCCUGCUGGUGUGUGGUCCGGCGCUGGAGCCGAUUGACCGCUUCAACCUGAGCCACCGCUGGGCUCCGCUGCUGAUCGUGUCGCUGCACGUGGGGCUCGGCCUCUUCUCCUUCACGCUGGACACCUGGAGCACGUCGCGGGGGGACACGGCCCAGAUCCUGGGCUCCGGCGCGGGCGUGGCCCUGGCCUCGCACCUCAACACACACCUGGGGCUGCUGCCGGACGCCGACGACUCCCAGCUGCCGCUGACCGCCCCGCCGCUGACCGCCGCGCUGGCCGGAGUGUGUGCGCUGCGGUUUGUCCUGGGGGUGCUGCUGCUGCUGCUGACGCGGGCGCUCAUGAAGGCCGUCACCGUCCCGCUGGUGUGCCGACUGACCGGCGUGUGCGGCGCGGACGUGCGCAGGGCGCGGCAGCACAUGCAGUGUGUGGAGCUGCCCUACCGCUACAUCGUCUACGGCACCGUCGGCUUCAACGCACUCUUCCUCGUGCCGCUCGUCUUCAGCUACCUGGGCCUGUCCUGAUUGGCCCGCGGCCGCGACACACCACCAAUGACAUUCCUCGCUCUGUAUGACCCGCCCCUAUCCACCCCCCAGACCCCAAAGCCACCAAUGGUUGAACAGCAAAAUGAUUGAACCAGUUGAAAGCCAAUCAUUUAGUUCUCUGUCAUAUUGAGCUGUUUUAUUGUUCUUGUUUGUUUUUUAUUUCUAAAAUAGUUCAUUCAUUCUGAUCGUUUUGAGCGCCAGCUCUGUUCAGGCUCUCUUGUAAGUUCAGGACUCCUGUUCCUCUUGCUCCUCUUGCUCCUCUUCUCCCAUGAUUUCUGUGGUGAUUUCUGUGGUGAUUCUUUUGAUGAUUUCUGUGAUGAGUUCUGUGGUGAUUCCUCCGAUGAUUUCUGUGUGUUGUCGGCGGCUCCUCACGCCUGUCAGAGGUUCUGUGGCGUCAUCGUUACCCUCCACCAUGUCAUCAUCGUAGCCCCGCCCACCCCAAGGACCUCUGACGAGGAAAGCCAUGAAUGACUGUGUCCCCCUCAGGCCCGUCUCUGAUUGGUGGAGGGCUUCCUCUACAGUGGGCUGUACCACUAGUGCCUUUGGUGCAGGGGGGGAGGAAGCGGCCAUGACAGCCUGCUGACGUGCAGUCUGUAGUGGAGUGCAGGUGUGUGGGAUUUCAGCGCUCGGUUCUGCACAGAACGGUUCCUCAACUAGAACGCACGGUUCCCUAUAGACCCCUGGUGCCUGUCCGUCUGUCUGCCUACCUGUCCUGGGCUUGUGUCGGUGGUACCUGGGGGACAGGUGUGGUGGAGCUCACCUGUGGAGCUCACCUAUGGAGCAGCCUGGAGACUCCUCAGCUCUGUGGUACUUUGAUGUCUUGUCUUGUCUUGUUUUGUUUGUUUCUGCUUGAUUGAUUAUGUUUGUUUGUUUGUUUGUUUGUUUGAUGGUAUAUGUUCAGGUAGCAGCACUGCUAAAUGAAAGAAUGAUGAUCAACCUUCAGCACCUAAAACAUUUUUUUAUCCACUGCCUUGUUAAGACAACUUCUACAUUAUGCCCCAAGCACAUAUUCUAUUGCCCUACCUACCCCAAGCACAUAUUUUAAUGGCAGCCAUUACAGAUUGCAGGGUGAUUUAAAUCUUUGUGUCUAAUCAAAGUGUUCCAAAUGCCUUAUAGAAAGUUUAUAAACAUGCCUUAUAGUGAGUUUAUAAACAGUAUUUUGUUUAAACUCUUGUGAAGUUAAAAACAGCAAGCCCGAGUUAUGAUGACCAUGAUGACUUUGAGUCUUCUCUGCAUGGAUGCUGCAGUGUUAAGUUUGAGCUGGUUUAGCGUUGGAGUUUUGCCUGCUCUUUGUUCCUCUCUGGGCCACCGUACUGUGCUUAUGAUGCACUGUUCCCAGAAUGCACUGUGCUUCUCAGCUGGUUGGUCUCCAUGGUGAGGACUGUUUGAGGCCCCAGCUAGCGUGUGUGUGUUUAUUUGUGGUACUUAGAUUGUAGUGUGUGUCUUCUGAUGUAUAAAUGUUUUUGUUACCUAAAACAGAUGUGUUUUCUCAGUAGCAAGUAAAACGAGUUAGUGGCCUCUAUUCUUAGAACCCAAACAGGAAAUGGUUAGAGAAUAUUACCUGGGCAGAGAACGCUGAGCUUUGUCUGGCUGUUAGUGACUCUCUCUCUCUCUCUCUCUCUCCCUCUCUCUCUCUCUCUCUCUCUUUCUCCCUGUCAGCAGUCCUCUGGGUGUGUGUAUGUGUCUG